AUGUUCUCUUUCAGCAAAUUUCCCCAGCAAAAUUGGGUUCGAACACCAGUGGAAAUCGCAGUCCGCGUUGAAACUCAGGUACAAAACGAUGCGGAAGGUUAUUCCCACGGGGUUUCCUCAUCGCCCAGCACCCUCCAUCUGCCGCAGUUGUCCCCAUCUCCUGCAAAUCGACCUUCUCCUUCUCGAAUCUCGCAUAUGUCUCUGCCACGGGCAAAUUACGACCCUCGAAGGGUCUGCUUGAACCCAUUUCCCGAGUUUACGCUAGGAAAGCACCGUCGAACUGUUGGUGUUUACCUGGCAGGCGCCUUGUUCGCUCUGGCCAACUGGACAUUUAUUGACGCAGCAAUUCUCUCCGCUCACGCUAAAGCACCCUGGGGGGAUCCAGACAACGAUCCUCCUGUUCACGUCAGCUUUGUUGAUUGGAUCCCCGGCAUCUGCUCUCUGCUUGGAUACUUGGUGAUCAACCUCAUCGACAAGGACAGGGUUCGUGGCGAGGAUGGGUUUGGAGAUUCGAGAGCGGUGUGGAGGGCACGGUUGAUCCUGUUCAUCGGGUUUGCUUUGAUGGCUGGCGGGCUGGCUGGGAGCGUGACUGUGCUAGUCCUCAAGUAUAUCCUUAAAGGCCACCCCGAGCAGUUCGCCUACUACGGCUACGCCAACGUAUCACAAAGUGUUGCCCUAAUGCUCUCCGCCGUCGUACUUUGGAUUGCGCAGAACACCAGCAGCGAGUACGAAUACAACCUCACGCUGUAA